GCCUUCGUUGCCAGGGCGGAGCGUGGCGUUGCUAGGGGGCGUGUCUCACGCAGUGCCCCUCUCGCGAGAUCUCGCAAUCCUCUCGCGGGAUCUGUCGUCCGUUGCUCGGAGACCGUGGUGCCGCCGCCAUGGCACCCAAAAAGAGAGGGGGGAAAGGGGCCAAAGGCCCGACGGUGGUGGAUGGACUGGCCCCGGAGGACAUGAGCAAGGAGCAGCUGCUGGAGCACAUGGUGCGUCUGCGGCAGGAGCUGGACCGCGAGCGGCAGGAGCGGAACUCCUUCCAGCUGGAGUGUAACCGCAUCCAGGGCUGCUGGGAGAUCACCCGCCGGGAGCUGGAGGAGAGGAAGGCGGAGCUGCGCACCCGGGACCGCGAGAUGGAGGAGGCGCAGGAGCGGCAUCAGCUGGAGAUCAAGGUGUACAAGCAGAAGGUGAAGCACCUUUUGCAUGAGCAGCAGGAGAACCUGACGGAGCUGAAGGCAGAGGGAGUCCUGUCCCUGAGGAGGGCCCAGAAGGAUCACUGGGAUCAGGAGCAGGAGCUGUGGAAGGAGAAGCGCUCCUUGAACACAAGGCUGAAUGAGCAGGAGUUGGCCAAUGAGGCAGCCAUCACAAACCUCUGCCUGAAACAUGAGGAGGAGAUGGCCCGGCUGCGCAGUGACUUCGAGCUGCAGACCAAAGAGAUGGAGGCCAAGUACACCAGGAAGAUGCAGGCACUGCGGGAUGAGCUGGACCUGCGGAGGAAGACAGAGAUCCAUGAGCUGGAGGAGAGGAAGAACACCCAGAUCAGCGAGCUGAUAGGGAACCACGAGGGGGCUUUUGGUGCCAUCAAGAACUACUACAACGAUAUCACCGCCAAAAACCUGACACUCAUCAACCUCCUGAAGGAGCAGGUGGAAGAACUGAAGAAGAAGGAGGCUGUCUUGGAAAAGGAGAAGGCAGAUGUGAUGCGUGAGAACAAGGGGCUGACAGAGCCGCUGCAGGAGGCCCAGGAGCUGGUGGCUGAGCUGCAGAAGAAGUUGGUUCACUAUUACAGGGACAAGGAGGCCCUGAUGACCUCCAAAGCCCAUCUGAAAAUCGCCCAGAAGGAACUGAAGGAUCUUCAGUGGGAACACGAGGUGCUGGAGCAGCGGUUCAGUCAGGUCCAGGAAGAGCGAGACGACCUCUAUCAGAACUUCACCAAAGCCAUUAACGAGGUGCAGCAAAAAACGGGGUUCAAGAACCUGCUCCUGGAGCGGAAGCUGCACGGACUCCUCACCCUCCUGGAGCAGAAGGAGGUGGAGCUCAGCGAGGUCCUUGCAGCCUCCAACCUCGACCCCAGCGCUCUCGCCUUGGUCUCGCACAAGCUGGAGGACAUGCUCAAUUCCAAGAAUGCCACCAUCCAGGACCUGCAGAUCCAGCUGGCCAGAGUCUGCAAGGCACACAACGACAUGCUGCAGACCUUCAAGGCAAAGCUGACAGCCUUUGGCAUCCCCCUGGACAACCUUGGUUUCCAGCCACUGUCCUUCCCCAUCCCGGGGCAGGAGCUGGGGCAGGGCCCUGCUGGACUCGUUUCAGUGCCCACCUGAUACUGGCAGCACUGAGGGUCCCACUGGCACACUGGUAAUGGGACUGUGCCCUUUUCCUGCUCAGUGUCUUUAAACAGAUGCCAGUGAGCAUCUUCAGGAACCUCUCCUCCCAAGGGGGACUACAGCUGGAGGGCUGCAGGCAUCUCACCCACCCCACCAGGCUGCCCCUGGAGCUACUUCUGUUCCCACAAAAGUGGAAGGUGAUUUCUUCAGACAAACGGUGCUGUUUGGAGUUUUUAA